GCUAACCUUAAGGUUGGUGGUUUGAACUUGCCAAGUGGUGCCACAGAAGAAUGACCUGUCGAUCUCUUUCCUUCAAGAUUAUAGCCAAGAAAAUUCUGUGGAGCAGUUCUACUCUAACACAUGGAGUUGCCACAAGUCAGAACUGACUUGAUGGCAACGGGUUUGGUUUGGUUUUGGUUUGUUAAUGGGAAAUUUUCCUCGUUUUCAUAGGGAAGAAUGGACAGAAGCUAUCCAGGCUGUAGCAGACAGACUGCAGAGGCAAGAAGAGGAGAGAAUGAAUUGUAGUCCAACUUCACAAAUUGAUAAUAUAGGGGAGGAAGAGAUGGAUGCUUCUACAACACAUCAUAAAAGAAAGACAAUGAAUGAUUUUGACUAUUUGAAACUACUAGGUAAAGGCACUUUUGGGAAAGUUAUUUUGGUUCGAGAGAAGGCAAGUGGGAAAUAUUAUGCUAUGAAGAUUCUGAAGAAAGAAGUUAUUAUUGCAAAGGAUGAAGUGGCACACACUCUAACUGAAAGCAGAGUAUUAAAGAAUACUAGACAUCCCUUUUUAACAUCCUUGAAAUACUCCUUCCAGACAAAAGACCGUUUGUGUUUUGUGAUGGAGUAUGUUAAUGGGGGAGAGCUGUUUUUCCAUUUGUCGAGAGAACGGGUGUUCUCUGAGGACCGCACACGUUUCUAUGGUGCAGAAAUUGUCUCCGCUCUGGACUAUCUACAUUCCGGAAAGAUUGUGUACCGUGAUCUCAAGUUGGAGAAUUUGAUGCUGGAUAAAGAUGGCCACAUAAAAAUUACAGAUUUUGGACUUUGCAAGGAAGGAAUCACAGAUGCAGCCACCAUGAAGACAUUCUGUGGUACACCAGAAUAUCUGGCACCAGAGGUGUUAGAAGAUAAUGACUACGGUCGAGCAGUGGACUGGUGGGGCCUAGGUGUUGUCAUGUAUGAAAUGAUGUGUGGGAGGUUACCCUUCUACAACCAGGACCAUGAGAAACUUUUUGAACUAAUACUAAUGGAAGAUAUUAAAUUUCCUCGAACACUCUCUUCAGACGCAAAAUCAUUGCUUUCAGGGCUCUUAAUAAAGGAUCCAAAUAAACGCCUUGGUGGAGGACCAGAUGAUGCAAAAGAAAUUAUGAGACACAGUUUCUUUUCUGGAAUAAACUGGCAAGAUGUGUAUGAUAAAAAGCUUGUACCUCCUUUUAAGCCUCAAGUAACAUCUGAGACAGAUACCAGAUAUUUUGAUGAAGAAUUUACAGCUCAGACAAUUACAAUAACACCACCUGAAAAAUAUGAUGAGGAUGGUAUGGACUGCAUGGACAAUGAGAGGCGGCCGCAUUUCCCUCAGUUUUCCUACUCUGCAAGUGGACGAGAAUAAUUCUCUUUCAUUCUGCUACUUCACUGUCAUCUUAGACUUAUUACUGAAAAUGAUUCCUGGACAUCGCCACCAGUCCUAGCUCUUACAGAUAGCAGGAGCACCUUCAGACGCCCCGGACCAAUCAAGGGUCUUCACCGCUAACCACCUUUCACAUACAUGAAAACACACAUAUAUGCAAACACACUCGACUUUCUGUUUUUGCAUGAAAUUGUAUCUCAGUCUAAGGUCUCAUGCUGUUGCUGCUACUGUCUUACUAUUAUAGCAACUUUAAGAGGUAAUUUUACAAUCUUCCGAAGUCAUGAGUCCACCAUUGUUCAUUUGUGCACCAGUUGUCAUCUUUUGAUCUUUUAGGUUUUGUUUCCCUAACAGUGAAGGCUGGCAGAGAGACAUUGAUUCUAGGUAGAUUUUUAAACUUUCUAGAAGAUAAAUCAAAAACUAAUUAGACUAAGAAGAUUUAGUGUGUAAUUCUAAGCGAUGUGGAUGGGUGGUGAUGUGCAUAUGCAGAAUGUUAGUGAAGCCAAUCAGUUCAGUCCAUAAAGUAGGGAUUGAUCACUAAGAUCUGGCUGGAAUUCAUUAGGCAGCACUUGAGAAAAGGACUGGACAACUGUUGAUAAAGAUAUCUAUGUAUAUAUAUAUUUUUAAUUCCUGUUGGAUACUGCAGAGGAAGCCUGUGUCACACAUGGACGUCUAGACUUCACGGGCAAUCGCGGACAAAUGAACGUUCUACCAAGAAAUGAAGGCAUGUGCACAGCAGAGUUAAAGUCACGGAAAGGGUCUCAUGAUACGAUUCUCGCCAGAGAGCAUUUUUUCCCCUGUGCUUGGAAACUUUUCUCCCUUCUUGAUAUUUAUCACCUCUGAUGGCUGAAGAAUGUAGACAGGUAUAACGAUCCUGCUUUUCACCAAAAUUUGUACACCAAGGUAAACAGGUGUUUGCCUUAUUUGUUUUAAUUUUCUACUUUUAGUUUUACGUGAAUUAGCUUUCUCUCAGAUGUUAAAACUUUGAAUAUCCUUUUAUGGUUUUGUUUGUUUUGCAGUAGUAUUUAUUUUUUAGUGAUGAGGAUUGUAUGUCAUGUUAGCAGAUGCAGCUCCAACUUACAGAAGGUAGACUGCAUGCAGCUCAUUCUGACCCGUGUGCAAGGAAUGUACAAGCCGCUGAGAAUCAGGCACUUUUUCUCCUAUGUAACAAAAAUCUUGAUAAGGCUCUGAAAUUGUACAUAUUGGUUAGAAUUCGGCUUUGGGAGAAGAGAUGCUGUCAUUUAACCCCUUGGUGCUGAAAAUCCCCACCUCUCCAUGCCAAGGGGUUAAUGAAACAAAUGGAUGUUGAUGUGCUCACUUGAGAGUUGGUACAUUUAGGCAGGCCUGGCAGCACAGUGUGAUGAAGAAAAUGAGACCUGAACAAUGAUGAGAAAUGAACUGUACUUGGCAAAAUGAACACAUCUCGAGUAUUCACCAAGUAGGCAGUAAAGGAUUGGAACCUGGUGUGUUUAUUCUGAUCAUGGUACACUUACCACUGAAUUAAGCCAUCAGGGAAAAAACAACAAAAAAAGAACACCUCCAACUUUCCUUUUUCUGUAUAUACUCAUGUCCCCCAAUUCCAACAUUUCUCACUGACAGGGGACAUGUAUGCAAACCUCAUCUUUCUCCUUCAUUAAUGAUGAUCUUCAGAUUAAACCCUUUGGUGCUAGGAGCUGACAUUUUCCAAAGCAGCCUAUGAAGUCCAAGGGGCUGGGGGGCCAUUCUUGCAGCAAGCAGGCGGCAACCCGGACUCGCUGGAGUGAUCAUGGAAAUGUGUUUUAGUUCAGCUAUCUGACAGCUCCCAAAAUGGAAGACUACAGCAUUACGUAGUAUUAUGAUUGCAUUGUAUGAAAGAGCAAGUGACUUUUUAAGUAGGAUGAAUCAUAUUCAUAUGCAGAUGUCUUAGCCUCUUGACGCUGGAAGUGUGGGUUUAUAGAUAUGAAACCACUGCUGGCGGUGGGCAGGCCACUGGGACUGACAGGGGAGUUAAAGGGCAUUUUAUUAAGGCAGCUAAGACAUAUUCAGACAUAGAUUUUUGUCCUAAUUUUUCAUAUGUUUAUCUGAGUGAAGUUCAUCCUUAAUAUUGAGUGGGAAGUUACAGUAAGUGGUAGUUCACUCUUACACAUAUAGCUCAACUUUUUUUUUUAAACUUGGAAUUAUGUUGAAUGUUUCACUUUGACAAGAAAGUAGACUAGAAGGUAUGUCCUGUAAGUUGUCUUGCAUCCAUUCUAUAAGAAAGAAACGGAUAAGAGGACAAGAGGAAAGCUGAGACUGGCUGAUGAUCAGAGCGUUCGUUCCUUCGUAGGGAAAGUGUAACACCACACACUGAGCACGUAGCUUUUGAUUUUUUUUUUUUUUUUUUUUAAGUAAUCUUAAGGUGAUCCCAUGACCAUGGCAAAGGAUACUUCCUAAGAUUAAUGACUGGUGCUGACAGCGCCCCAGGCUAGCCACUCCUCACAGCUGGCUCUCCAUCCCCAGCCAAGGCCUGGGGGUCAGGCACUUGUCUCCUUGAAGAGCCUGUGAGCAUCACACAAGUGCUCUCUUGGCUUAGAUUCUGAGAAUCCCUUGCUUUCACUCCCAGAUCUCAAUCAGCUGGCGUGGAGGAACAAUAGAAAAACAAAAAUGUGUGUAGAGGGGGAUUUCUAAAACUUCCCUUGUAAUUUGCCCAUAGCUGUAGUUGUGGAUUCUGGCAGGUGGAAAGGCCUGAAACCUGGAAUCAUUCCAUCAGAAUACAGUUCAAACUUUGCGGACUCCAGCUUGUACUAACUUUCAUUGAGUUUGCCCUCUUGUAAUCACACAGCCAUCUUGGAGGAACUGGCCAUUUCUGCUUGGAUUUUCGACAGGGUUGCUCACAGCUUUGCUUUCUACACUAAUUAUGUAGCGUUAUUCCAGUAUUGUUUUCCAUUUCCCCAUACCUGAUUUCCGGCUUCUUAAAGCUGACUGUUCUUGCAGGGGCCACUUGCUUAUCCUAGAGUACAAAAGUAAGGGCCUUCCUUACUAACUGCAGGGUCUAUAUAUUACACCUCAAUGUACACACUUUGCUGCUACUGUUUGUACUGUCUACGGUAGAAUUUCCUUAUCUUGCUCCUGAUAGUGCAUUACAGGCAAGCAUGAAAUGUAAAGUUAUUUAUUUAAAUAAAAAAGAAAACGUCUAAAUUGGUAAUUGAAUUACCUCCCUGUAGCUUUAUAGUUUGUGACAUUUCUUGACCUUGCUAGUUCUUUCAUUAGAUCCGUGCAAGAUCUAGUUAUCUGGUUAAGGAUUUUAAGCAGACGCAACUAUGAACCCAAGAAACUGUAUUACUAUUACUAUUGGUCAUACUAAAACUGUUUAUUUCCUUGAGUAUAUGACCCACAAGGAUGUGAAAUAACUACAAGAAACUGUUUUUGUACACUGUACAUCCUUAGUAUUUUUACACGUAUAUGAUAGGGAUCACAUUAUUUUCCUUCGUACAGACAGCUGAAAUAAAGCACUAUGUCAAUCUGC